CUCCCCCUUUUCCGUCGUCCCCCCCCUUCCUCCUCUUCCCGCCUUCGCCCCCGCCAGGGAGGCCAGCGCCCCGCACGCGUACUCGCACCCCGACGCCGCGCACCCGAUCCCCCGGCUUUCUUGGUUCAAGUUGUUCCGCAGUUCCCCGCCCGCUCCCCGCGCCCCUCCUUUCUCUUGACUUUUCUACUCUACUAUUUUUGUAAUGGCCGAGGAGCGGAAACCAACUUCUUCCACCGGCCCGGUCCCCCUGCAGCGAGGCAAGGCUUGUCUGCGAUGUCGCAAGCGCAAGAUGCGUUGUGACGGAGGGAAGCCCGCCUGCGCCCAGUGUGUCCGCGCCAAGAAGGCCGACGGGUGCGAGUACGACGACGGAAAAGGCAAGACAAGAACGCAGCUCAUGAGAGAGCAUAUCGCCCGUCUCGAGAUGCGCGUCAAGGAGCUCGAGAAUCCCGAGCAGUCUGCUCCCUCCAUGACCCUUUUCGAUCCCCAUGCGCUCUCACCAUACUACUCCGAGUCCUCGUCGUCUUCCAGCUACGAUUCUCCCGGGAAGCUCAGCUACUCCGCCUCUGCCUCACCAACCCCUUUCCCCAUGGGCGAGCAGGACCCCCGCAGGAGCAUGCUGAGUCCCAUCAAUUCGAGUGUGUCGGACGUGGACCCCAGUACAUGGGAGCAACUCAACUUCGAGUCUGACUUGGCCUCCGUUUCCGCUGUCAACUCGUUCAUGGAGGCACCGCCCCUUGAUCACAUCUUGCUGGAGAUCUUCCUCCCUCAUCGGCAUCAGUGUGGACUGGAUGUUCAUGUCGGUCGUCUGCGCGAUUCCCUCAGCCUACCGUCCUCUGAGCAACGGCAUCCCGCAUUGAUGAACACUGUCUUUCUAUGGGCAUGCUACCUCUCAAGACCAGGCUCUCUAAGCCAGUAUGAACAGCUUUACUUGUCCCGCGCUACCGCGGCGCUCGGUGACGCGUUGCAGUACACAUCCAAGGCAGUCGAUCUCAUCCAGGCCUGCUGCCUGCUGUCUGUAUACUAUAUCUCGAACGGUCGAUUGCUAGAGGGCAGCUAUUAUUCUGCGGCAGCAUCGACGUUGGCAGUCCAGUGCCGUCUUCACCAGAUCGGCUCGGAGAACGAGCUCAUGAUCCUCGACAACUGGGACGCCUCUUUCGAGCUACCCGCUCCGAAGGACAAUAUCGAGCGUGGCGAGAGGAUCACGACAUUCUGGCAAGUAUACAACUUGGACCGGUGCUGGUCCGUGAUGCUUCGGAGGCCCGCGACCCUCCCUGACAGCGAUCAUCCCUGGGCUUCUAUCACCACUCCCUGGCCACAGCGGAUUGAAGAUUACGAGAACGGUGAGCUCGACGUCGGUGUAGGUUCGCCAACCAUUCGCGCAUUUUUUGUACACCAGGCGCAGUCCAAUUCGCUCACCGGAUUCACUACCGCUGCUCUGCGAGUGAAGGCGUCGGCGUUGUUCGAAGGCGCCAACCGGCUGUCAUCGAGCUGGAGUCCUCGCUCGCUGUCAUCUAGCGCCUUCUCGGAAAACUUCAGCGCGUUUGAACAUAGCAUCGUCCGUUUUGCAACCACCCUCCUGCCGCUUCAUCAAGUAGGAGGGGCGAUUCCCGAGGACAAGUAUGCCUUGAUCGUCAUCCACAGCCUUGCGCACGCUUCCAUGAUUCGCCUCCAUGCUCCGUUCAUGCGCGAUGACGGCGUCUCUCGGGAGAAAUGUCUUCGUGCUGCGCGGUCGUUGAUCCAUGUCAUCAAGCUCAUCACAGAUACCGACUUCGAGUUUCUUGACCCCGUCAUCGGUUCUUGCUGGGCUAGUGCUGCCAAGGUACUCGAGAAUGAGCUUACGCGGCUGCAAACGUCUUGGCCGGACCCUCUGAACACUAUGGAGGUUCGCGGAGACCUUGAAUCACUGCUCUACGUGAUGACAAAACUGGGUGCAAAGUUUCCCCUUGUAGCGUACCAUUCAGCAAAGGUUCAAAGCUGCUUGGACGGCGAAUAGAGGGAUGCUUUGCAUCUUCUACGACUCCUCACAUGACAGGUCAAGGAGCUCACGGCUGGCUGACCUAACGAGGACGCAUAACAAUGCACUCACGUUCGUUUACGAGCCAUUACGUUCAUUUCUUUCACCUCUUCCAUUCCAGCUGUUGUAACUUGGCGCUGCAUAAGCCGCCAUUUACGCGCUUCGAGAGCGUUUGACUUUCGAACAGGACUUACGCGCCAAUGGACAUUCGCCUUGGGACUAUCACGGACUUACCUGAAUUUUGCCGGACAUUACCCCUCCUCUUUUGGACAUCGCUUUCUUCACGCUCGCACCCAACUUAACGAGGACUUCAGACAUAUGUACUUACGUUCAGCGUCGGACCUUUGCUCGGACACCUUGCAACACUGUACUUCUAGACAAUCUCGCCACGUAACCUUCGGACUUUCCACGGACUUAUCACAGAUUCGCAUAACUUCAUACACUAGCUCCUUAUUGUUACCGUAGUGUACUUCGCAUACGUACCACGUACGUACUACCGCUAGCCGUUUCGUUCACCUACGUCGACGCCUUAGGUUUGUAGCGCAUAGUAGCUCUUGCGUCAUCCAUUCUUUUUAGUUUGGCUUCCGUCUUGACGACUUUGGACUUUCAUCCAUUGCUUUACGUUCUAUUCGGACCUCUAUCCUGUCGUCAUCGCUGGCCCAGACGUAGCUUUGCCGGACAUUCUCAGCGAAAGGGACUUUGUAGGUUGUCGGAUACCAAAACAUCAUAUUGUGUAGCGGUUCGUCUAUACCUGGACUAAAAAAUUUCCGUACGGACACAAUGUCAUUACGCGGCCACCCCUUCUAAAUGUCAUCCAAUCACCCUCUCACCGAGCGUUGGAAGCGGGAGUUGUUGCAAUCGCUCGCAUCCGUCUGGCACUCUUGAAGAUGACUGAGGGUAAGAUACUGGCGGUAAAGUUGGUAAGGCGUGUUUCGCAGCUCUGAGCUAACGCUACUGUUGGGCGCAGUCUCGAAUUAUAGGGGUGUAUAUGGCCUCAAGAGCAGGAAAGAAGUCACAGGGUAAGAUGAAGUCGUCCAGCCAGAGUCCGCAACGAGCCUUACGGGGAGAACGAAACAACUCUCACGGAUCUGGAGAGACCCGCUAUCCCUUGGAACCAAUUAACGACAGAAGCGACCCUACGCACAACAGCGUCACUUAGUCCGACUCGAAGGUCUGGCCGGAAUUGGCUGUCUUCAAUCGUGGAAGGCAUGGCGCGAAAGCACACCUGCAACCUCGAGCGUAGCUGAGGCGACGCCGAGCAUGUGAUAGGAACGGCGCCUGAGGCCAUGUUCGGAGUGGAUUCCCAUGAAACGAGUAUGUUUUCCAAGUACACAAUGUCCCCCUUUUUUGCGCUGGAGGUGGGUGGUUGUGAGGAUAAUCCUGACCACUCUUUUGCGACGUCGCGCCACGCAGUGAGCUUGCAGAUCGCGCCCGAGUCAUCACCAAUGAUCAUUUUGAGUAGGGUGACAUCUUUUCCAGCUUCUGGACCCCUCUUGACGAUAAUGGUUUCAGGCCCCUGGAUCUCGAGGACCGCAGCAAGAAGGUUGACUGUGCGAGAAAUCUUGGCAGUAUCCUCCGGUUUGUUUCCCGUGGCAUGCCUAAUGAGAGACCCGAUGGUAGAGAGGGAGUGGAGAUUGAAGUGAAAAGCCGGAAAGUUGGCGACAGAGGAUGCGUCUGAAUAGUCGUACGAACAAGUGUCUUGGGUUCCUGUGUUAUCAAGUGCUGACCACGUGCGGGACGCGAUAGGGAAGGUUCGGAGGGAGGCACGAGGAAUCUCACUGACAUCCUUCGGCGACUGAGCAUGGUCACUGAUGUUAGGCAAGGUCGUGGCUUGCCAUGCGUCUUCUACUGCCGACUCAGUCAGACUGACAAUACUCUCGUCGCUCUCGGGAUUGAAAAUGACGUGAUUGUAAAGCGUCGAAAUCGGAGUACUAGCUUCUUCAAGCGUGGAGGAGGGGAGUACAGGGCGGCCACUAUCGGAGUCCCCAGGGUAUAUCGUCGUCGAAGCAAGCCAGCAGGUCGUGCCGGGUAGCGAGAUCCGAAGAUCGUAUUUAGUGGGGGCUCCUACGAAUAAUUGAUACCUCGUCCGACGUUUUGUCAUCGGAGAAGACGUGUCUGGAUGGCCCUGCC